AUAGCUUUUUGUCUGAAAACAGUUUAUUAUAAUUGAGACAAAAAAAGAUAUACAUUUCACGGAAAGAAAUUUUAAUUUCAAACACACGAAAUAAUGUCAAGAAUAAUGAAGGGAUUCAGUGGUAUUGACGAUACGUUUCUUCGGGCGUAUAAGAGAUCCCAAUACUUGUCAUAUGAAUGGCAAAACUGGUCGUCCAAUUGGUCUCAAUUUCCAGGCCUUCCCUUUGCGUUCAGGUUUGAGGACAACUUCCGUCACUCACAUCCCGACCAACUCCUAUGGCUCAGAGACCGAUGGCAUUACUCCCUGUAUAUCAGUGUUGUCUAUAUUGUGGCCAUACAUGCCAUCCAACGAUGGAUGCGCUCCAGAAGUGCCUUCAAUCUGAGACAUGUGUUAAUUGUAUGGAACCUAUUGUUAGCACUUUUCUCGAUCAUCGCUGCCAUUAGAUGUUUGCCUGAAUUUAUUGAUAUCUUACGGACCAAAGGUUUAGUCGCCUCGUAUUGCAACUCAUCUUAUUAUGAGGAUAUACGUGUGGUGUUCUGGUACUGGGCGUUUGUCAUAUCAAAAGUGGUCGAAUUGGGCGACACAUUGUUCAUAACCCUACGGAAACAGCCGCUAAUAAAACUACAUUGGAUUCAUCACACGCUCACACUGUGCUACUCCUGGUUUGUCUACUCAGACCUCCCGUCCACAUCUCGAUGGAUGGUUGUCAUGAAUUUGACCAUUCAUUCAAUUAUGUACACCUAUUACGCCCUGAAGGCCAGUCGUGUGGUGCCAGUGACCAGAGGAGUGGCCAAAUGUAUUACACUUUUGCAAAUUGUACAAAUGUUUGCCGGUUUGUACGUCAACGUAAAGGCCCUGCAGUUUAAGGCAACGGGCAUUCCCUGCGAAGUGUCGCCCCGUGUGAUGAUCACCGGCGCCGCACUUUACUCCCUAUAUUGUCUGAUGUUUAUCAAGUUUUUUGUGACCAAUUAUCUGAGCUAUAACCCGGCGCUCAAUCGUGUGAACGCAUUCAUACCGGACAGCAAUGCCGAUGAUGUGGAUCGGGCCGUCCGGGCGGCCAAAAAGGCUUUCGAAAGCUGGUCAAAGACCAGUGUUGCCGAUCGAGUGGCCAUAUUGAACAGGAUAGCCGUACUAAUCGAGCUAAACGCUAUGGAGUUGGCACAGUUGGAGAGCAUAGACCAGGGUAAACCUGUUUGGUUGGCCACUACUGUCGACAUUCCGCGCGCGGCUCUGAAUUUUAAACACUUCGCCAAUAGUUUACAAUACGAUACAAACAUCUCAAUAACGGAUCCGGAGUCCGGUAUAGUUAACUACACGACUCAGGAGCCCAUAGGUGUGGCCGGACUCAUAACACCCUGGAAUCUGCCCCUGUAUUUGCUGACAUUUAAACUGGCGCCAGCGCUGGCUUACGGCAACACCGUAGUGGCGAAACCCAGCGAAAUGACCUCGGUCACCGCCUACAAGCUGUGCCACUUGCUGGAAGAGGCCGGGCUGCCCCACGGUGUGGUGAAUAUGGUGUUUGGCCUUGGUCAAAAUGUGGGCGAACCCCUUAUUGAACACCCGGACGUACCGCUCGUGUCGUUCACCGGCAGUACAGUCACCGGCCGUAAGAUUGCCGUCAAAACAGCCCCUCUAUUGAAAAAGUUGUCGCUAGAGAUGGGCGGCAAGAAUGCGGCCAUAGUUUUUGCCGACGUUAAUCUGGACACACAUUUGCCCGCAAUUAUCAGAUCGUGUUUUUUGAAUUCCGGCGAAAUAUGUUUGUCCACAAGUCGUCUAUACGUCCAGAAAAGUAUUUACAAACAUUUUGUCGACAAGUUUACCGAAGAAGUCCUUAAGAUAAGAGUGGGCGACCCCUCGGAGAGCGAUACCCUAAUCGGACCGAUGGUAAGCGAAGCCCAUCGACAAAAAGUCACCUCAUACAUUGAAAUUGCCCGCAAAGAGGGCGCCACCGUUACCACAGCGCCCAUGAAAUUGUCGACCGAGUUUCAACAUGGUUAUUACGUGAGUCCGACCAUCAUCACGAACGUGGCCGACACGAGCCCCUGUAUGCGUGAGGAGAUCUUCGGCCCCGUUGUGUGUAUUGUGCCGUUUGAUACCCAACAGGAGGUGAUCGAUAGGGCCAACGACUCGCCGUACGGCCUGUCGGCCACUGUCUGGUCGUCAAACGUGGAUCGCGUGCAUAGUGUGGCCAAUAAG